AAUGGUAGUGUAUGAAUGUUGGUUCAGCCCCCCAUUAAUUUGUUUGAGUUAUACCAUUCUUUCCCCAUCUCCCGCUCUCUCCUUUUCACUCUCUCUUUCUCUCACCCUCUCUCACCCUAUCUCCCCUCCAGCACAGUGAAUAAGCCUCGCUCCCCCCGCACGGCCGACCCUCCUCCCCCGGCCUUCUCCUCCUCCUCUGUGUUAGGAGGGGGUCUCAGCGAACUGGACCACCUUCUGCAGGAGCUCAACGCCACCCAGUUCAACAUCACAGAUGAGAUUCUGGCCCAGUUUCCCACCACUAAAAAGGAUGAGAGGGACAAGAUAAAAGAGUUCCAGGGGUCCAAGGACAAGGUCACAACACCCUACCCCAGGUAUCCAUAUACACCCUUCAUAUACCCUAAAGCAGGGAUCGUCAACUAGAUUCAGCCGCAAUUUUUUUCUUGAUCAGAUGGUCGGGGAGCCGGAACAUAAUUUGUAGACUGCAAAUUGACCGCAAGAUUCUCAAACAGAUAUAAUAUUUGACUAAAACGAUAAUUUCGGACCUUGCUGACAUUUGUAUAUGAUCAUGUCUCUCUCUAUUAUGCAUUCAAUACUUGGGAACAGAUUUUCAUAAUUAAAAUUACUGGUAGCUGAUUUUCUGGUGUUUUUAGAGUAUUUUAUGAGAUAAAAAAUAUAUACAGUACCAGUCAAAAGUUUGAACACACCUACUCAUUCUAGGGUAUUUCUUUAUUUGUAUUAUUUUCUACAAUGUAGAAUAAUAGUGAAGACAUCAAAACUAUGAAAUAACACACAUGGAAUCAUGUAGUAACCAAAAAAAUGUUAAACAAAUCAAAAUAUAUUUUAUAUUUGAGAUUCUUCAAAGUAGCCACCCUUUGUUUUGAUGACAGCUUUGCACACUCUUGGCAUUCUCUCAACCAGCUUCAUGAGGUAGUCACCUGGAAUGCAUUUCAAUUAACACGUGUGCCUUGUUAAAAGUUCAUUUGUGGAAUUUCUUUCCUUAUUAAUGCAUUUGAGCCGAUCAGUUGUGUUGUGACAAGGUAGGGGUGGUAUACAGAAGAUAACCCUAUUUUGUUAAAUACCAAGUACAUAUUAUGGCAAGAACAGCUCAAAUAAGAAAAGAGAAAUGUCAGUCCAUUAUUACUUUAAGACAUGAAGGUCGGUUUCUUCAAGUGCAGUCCCAAAAACCAUCAGGUGCUUUGAUGAAACUGGUUCUCAACAUCAACUGUUCAGAGGAGACUGAAUCAGGCCUUGAUGGUCGAAUUGCUGCAAAGAAACCACUACUAAAGGACACCAAUAAGAAAAGAGACUUGCUUGGGCCAAGUAACACGAGCAAUGGACAUUAGACCGGUGGAAAUCUGUCCUUUGGUCUGAUGAGUCCAAAUGUUCGAUUUUUGGUCUUUAUGAGAUGCACAGUAGGUGAACGGAUGAUCUCCACAUGUGUGGUUCCCACUGUGAAGCACGGAGGGGCAGGUAUGAUGGUGUGGGGGUGCUUUGUUGGUGACAAUGUCUGUGAUUUAUUUAGAAUUCAAGGCACACUUAACCAGCAUGGCUACCACAGUAUUUUGCAGCGACACACCAUUCCAUCUGGUUUGUGCUUAGUGGGAAUAUAAUUUGUUUUUCAACAGUGACCCAACAGUGACCCAACAUACCCCCAGGCUGUGUAGGGGCUAUUUGACCAAGAAAGAGUGAUGGAGUGCUGCAUCAGAUUAAAUGGACUCCACAAUCACCUAACUUCAACCCAAUUGAGAUGGUUUGGAAUAAGUUGGACCUCAAAGUGAAGGAAAAGCAGCCCAGCAUAUGUGCUCAGCAUAUGUGGGAACACCUUCAAGACAGUUGGAAAAGCAUUCUUCAUGAUGCUUGUUGAGAGAAUUCUGUCAUCAAGGCAAAGGGUGGCUACUUUGAAGAAUCUAAAAUAUAUUUUGAUUUGGUUAUUACGUGAUUCCAUAUGUGUUAUUUCAUAGUUUUGAUGUCUUCACUAUUAUCCAACAAUGUAGAAAAUAGUAAAAAUAAAGGAAUACCCUUGAAUAAGUAGGUUUGUCCAAACUUUUGACUGGUACUGUAUACAGUGCCCUGAGUUAAUCAGAGAGGCAACAAAGAGACCAAAGAUAACCCUGAAGGAGCUUGAAAGCUCCACAGCAGAGAUUGGAGUAUCUGUCCAUAGGACCCCUUUAAGCCAUACACUCCACAGAGCUGGGCUUUACGGAAGAGUGGCCAGGAAAAAGCCAUUGCAUAAAGAAAAAAAUUAUCAAGCACGUUUGGUGUUCGCCAAAAGGCAUGUGGGAGCCUCCACAAACAUAUGAAAGAAUGUACUCUGGUUAGAUUAGACAAAAAAAUUAGCUUUUUGGCCAUUAAGGAAAACGCUAUGUCUGGCGCAAACCCAACACCUCGCAUCACCCUGAGAACAUCCUCAUUUCAUCGGCAGGGACUGGGAAACUGGUCAGAAUUGAAGGAGUGGUGGAUGGUGUUAAAUAAAUAAAUUCUUGGGGGAAACCUGUUUCACUCUUCCAGAGAUUUGAGACUGGGACAGAGG